AUGAUGAAAGAAGUUCAAGAAUACAGCGAUAUGGCAAAUGAACUUCGUGAUCUUAUUCAAUGUUUUGUUCGGAUGGUAAUGCAAGCAAAACAUAAUGUAAAUAUGAUGCUUCCCCUACUCACAGCUGCGAAAUCACAAAUGACAAUUGUUCAAGAUGUUAUGGGUACAGAUCCAACUCAGGCACUUAACGAAAUCGAUAAAAUAGACAUUCAACUUGCAUUGAAUCGAAUGUCAACUGGAAUACAAAACUUGCUCAGUUUAGCUAAGUCGUCAACAGUUGAAAAGGAACGAUUGGAAAUUGUAGGCUUUUGUUUUAAAUAUGCCAUGCCAGUGGGUUCACUCGCACCGGGAGCUGCAAUCGGAGGGUGUGUUGCAGCCGAAACGUUUGGUGGUGUCGGUGCAUUAGUGAUUGCAGGAACAGCUUUUCCGCCUGUAACUGCUAUCAUCGGUGCAUGUAUUUUAGGUGGACUGUGCGCUGGAACUGCUAUUCUUUUGGUAAAAGAAUUUUGGGGUCGCCAUCAGCUGAAGGCACUUAGCUAUUUGGAUCAAAUAUUUGAAGGUUUAGUUCAAUUAAAUUCAGCAAAUAUGAAUUUUAUGCGUUACAUGACGGAUACUGAAGAAAAAGCAAAUACGGUUUCACAACAUAUUCAAGACAUUCAAUUAUGUUUAGAGAGUGAAAGACAACGGCGAGCAAAUCAUGAUGUCUGCACUGUAGCUAUAGAUUCAACAACUGCAAUGAUAGAAAGUUUGAAACAAAUAUCUAAUAUUGAUAUAUCAAAAUGGACCGAUACCUCGAAUACAAUUAGUUUUUCGAAGAAAAAGUUCAUAGCAAAUGCUAUUACAAACUAA